UGUCGUUGAUGCAUGACUGGCAGGUCAUCGGCACCGCGAAGAUGGUUUCAAACGACGGAACAGUCAUCUUGAAAGGUGUAAAGUUAGCUGUAAUCCUGCUUAAAGCUUUGUGCUAUUGGUAGAAAGAUCAAGUCGUUGGCAUGCGACUUUGCCGUCUGUCGCUUUGAAAUCCAGGCCCGAAUCCCCGCCGAACAUCCACGGACGGAUCUGGCAUCGGAGCUUAUCUUAUCGAUCGAUCACGUGAGGUUGGAAAUGUUGAACAGCGGGCUUGGCAUCAACCUUCACUGCACUGCGACCAGUCCACCAAUAGCGCUUGCAGCUUCGCCUCCCUCGUUGUCGGGGAAUUUCAGACUUCAUACCCUCUCAUAGCUUAACUAGGGUCUGCCUUCAGGGCAUUGACUUCGCAGCCCGACAUGUCGCAAGUGAUUGGAAAGACCCGCCUGGCAUACGCUCGCUCAUGGCACCACCUCGACAUCGGCUCCGACCCACGCGCGCUGGGCCGCGUCGCCUCUGCCAUAGCCCUGACCCUUAUGGGAAAGCACAAGCCCAUCUUCGACCCCUCUACCGACUGUGGUGACUACGUCGUGGCUACGAACUGUUCUCAGUUACACACCACCGGCAAGAAGCGCUUUCAGAAACUCUACCGCACGCACACGACCCGCCCCGGCUCCCUCAAAGAACUCUCCAUGGACAGGAUGAUGGCCAAGUGGGGAGGUGGAGAAGUGUUGAGGAAGGCCGUUAGCGGCAUGUUGCCGAAGAACAGGUUACGGAAGGACAGGCUGGCGAGGUUGAAGACCUUUGAGGGGAGAGCGCAUCCUUACAAAGAGAACAUUCUGCAAGUGGGAAAUGGUGGUGGACAGAGCAUAACGGAGCAUGGAGAUGUUAAGAAGACAUUCGCGGAAGCGAAAACACAGGCUCCCGAGGCGCCAGUAUCAUGACGAGGGGGUGAGCACAAAGAGGAAGAGAAGAUAUACCAAGAAUCGGGUUUGUAUAAGACAUGUAAAUCUAAAUUGCAGGGCUUGAGCCAAGUUUUGGUUUGGUUGCUUCGUGAACUUGGUUUAUUAUUCCACAUCUUGCUGUUGGCAAUCUUAAGCGAUUCCAUGGUUCGUCGAACUGUGAGUGGGCAUGAGAUGAGUUAUGUUUAAUGCAUUUAGGGUUUUACCAGAUAGAUUGAUCAUGCACCUUCACGUCACAUGCAUAGGGUGUCAAGGAAGAUAGCGAGCCAAAAGUUGAAUUCCUUCUACUCGCAUGAUAGGUGUUCUACUCUCACUCGUCCCCCCUGUAUAAAAAGAAAAUGUGG